CAUCUUCCCUUUGCCAUCACUUCCUCUCUCCUUCCUUCCUUCCUUCUCUUGAUCUCUUCUCCCUUCUUCUCUCUCUCUCUCUCUCUCAUUGGCUUCCAUCUCUCAUCUUCUCCUCCUUCCUCAUCCUGCACCUUCAUUGUCCCAUCUCUCAAUUGCCUUUUUUGUGCACCUCCUAGCUAGCCCUUUCUUUCCCUUGUCAAAAAAAAAAAAGCCACAAAUCCACAUGAGCAAACACCAUGAGCAGCUGCUGCAAAGAUAAACAAGUUUGUUAGAAAAUUCACCUAAACCCCCUCCAUCUAUCACCUCCUCCUCCUUUUCUUUUUCCCUCCAUUGUUUACUCUCCUCCAAGAAAACAAGCACCACACAAACCCUAAACAAACACACACACACACACACACACACACACACUCUCUCUCUCUUCUCCUCUCUUCUCCUAUUAUCAUCAUCAUCAUCAUCAUCAUCAUCACUUGCAUAUCGAAUUAUUAAUAAUAUCGAAGAUGGCAGGCCUUGAUUUGGGCACCAGCUACCUCCACCACCACCAAUCACUGCAUCUCCGCCACGACGAUGGCGGCGCCGGCUCCGACGACGGCGGCCACGACGACCUCUCGCCGGGGAGCGGCGGUGGCGGCGGGCCCAGCAGCACGGCCGGUGGCGCCGGGAUCGGCGGCGGCGAGGUCGUCGCUCGCCGCCCCCGCGGCCGCCCGCCGGGCUCCAAGAACAAGCCCAAGCCGCCGGUGAUCAUCACCAGGGAGAGCGCCAACGCGCUCAGGGCGCAUAUCCUCGAGGUAGCCGCCGGUUGCGAUGUGUUCGAGGCGCUGACGGCGUACGCGCGCCGCCGGCAGCGCGGGGUGUGCGUGCUCUCGGCGGCGGGGACAGUGGCGAACGUCACGCUCCGGCAGCCGCAGUCGGCGCAGCCCGGGCCGGCCUCGCCGGCGGUGGCGACGCUGCACGGCAGGUUCGAGAUACUCUCCCUCGCGGGCUCCUUCCUGCCCCCGCCCGCGCCGCCGGGCGCCACCAGCCUCGCCGCGUUCCUCGCCGGCGGGCAGGGGCAGGUCGUCGGUGGCAGCGUCGCCGGCGCGCUCAUCGCGGCGGGGCCCGUCGUCGUCGUCGCCGCGUCGUUCAGCAACGUGGCGUACGAGAGGCUGCCGCUCGAGGACGGCGACGAGGUGGUCCCCCCGGCGCCGGCAGGGAGCGACCAGGGCGGCGGCGGCAGCGGCGGCAUGCCACCAUUAGGCGUUGAUCCGUCGGGCGGCGCCGCCACCGGUGGGCUCCCGUUCUUCAACAUGCCGUUCGGGAUGCCGCCAAUGCCGGUGGACGGCCACGCCGGCUGGCCUGGCGCCGGCGUCGGGAGGCCACCGUUCUCAUGAUGGAUGGAUCCCCAUAUUCCGGCGAGCGGCCGGCGGCGAGGUGGUCGGCAAGAUUGAAGACAUGGACAUGGACAUGUACAACAACAAGUAGCCUUUCUUAUCUCUGAAUCUUUUUCUCCUCUUGUUCGAUCUCUGUGAUGUCUGUCUUUGUGAUCUUUUCGUGAUGUUUUUUGUGUUAACCUGUAUGAGAGUACUUGUGUUAAUUGUUUCAGUCAGGUGUCUUUGCUGCUUGGAAUGUGUUGUGAGGACAUGCACUCAUAAAUUGAUCAAAUCAAUUAUUAUUGUCUAAGUUAGUGAUUGUUUAGUUAAAUUUUUGUUGGAAUUGA